AUGGCAGACACAUUUGACACUCAGGCCGCUGAGGACCGUAAGAAGCGCUCUUUCCGCAAGUUCUCUUACCGUGGUGUUGAUCUCGAGCAGCUCCUUGAUUUGAGCUCUGAGCAGCUCAUGGAGCUUGUGCACGCUCGUGCUCGCAGGAGGUUCCAGCGUGGACUCAAGCGUAAGCCUAUGGGUCUCAUUAAGAAGCUUCGCAAGGCCAAGAAAGAUGCUCCACCCAACGAGAAACCUGCCGCUGUCAAGACUCAUCUUCGCAACAUGAUUGUUGUUCCCGAGAUGAUUGGCUCUAUCGUCGGUAUCUACAACGGAAAGACCUUUAACCAGGUUGAGCUUAAGCCUGAGAUGGUUGGUCACUACCUUGCCGAGUUCUCCAUUUCUUAUAAGCCUGUCAAGCACGGUCGUCCCGGUAUUGGUGCUACUCACAGCUCUCGUUUCAUUCCUCUCAAGUAAACUGAAUGAAGAGAUUGCCCGCAUCAUCAGAUUGCCGUAUUGAAGUUGCUUUUUGAAUGCGGAAUUUUAAGAGUUUUAUUGAUACAGCUGAAAUAUUCAUACUAGUGUGCAAUGAAAUUUUAGCAAGUUCUAAAAUG